UCUCAGUUAAAAGUUGGCGAGACCUUUCAAUAAGUAUUUUGCUUGCUUUAUAGGCAAUAGAUGGGUUCUUUCUUUUUAAAGAUAUUUUUCUUUGUUUCUCUCCCAUCAAAGAGGUCAUUUUGUUAAAUAAAUUAUUCAUAGAGGAAUCAAUCAUAGAUUGUACUGUAUGUAAGGUCAAGGGAGGUGAUUUAGAUUGAGUUUCAGACAUUGUUUAUAAUGUUUUGUCAAAAAACAAUGUGAGGUAAAAUUAAAUAUUAAAUUAGUUGAUUAUCAAAUCUCCCUUAUAAGAAAAAUUUUAUGUAUAAAACUUGAAAUAUAUAUAGUUGAAAGGGUCUGGCAAAACAGACUAUUGAGAGGACAAACAAAAUAUUUUCUGAGGUAAAAACUAUUGGUUCAAUUAGUUAGCUAAAACGAUUAAUACAGAAUUUAUAAUAACUAUAACUGCAAUGUAUUAUAAAUGCCAGAAGAUAGCAACAUAAGCUGAGGAGAAAACACUUAAUGUCAAAAUUUGAGAAAUGUCAGGACCGAGUGGAAAAGACACAAAGUUACCACUCGGUUAACAGCAGAGGUACAGCUGACAGGAGGCAGGGUUAUUACGUCAGCGGUAAUGAGCGGGAAGGGGACGGCCCACAAAAUGGCGAUCGGACUGAGAGAAGAAAAACAUGCAGGAGGGGGAAAAACACUGUGCGAACAACGGAGCAGCAAAGUGAAGCAGAAUGUCAGUAGGUGAUAAGGCUAAAGGAGCCUCCCCCUCCCUCCUUCCAAUAGGCUAUCGUCAUCACACUUCACUGGUGACGCACCAGGAAGUCUUCGACCGGCAAUACGCUCACUGCGAUCAGCACGCCUACCAGAAGACAUACAAACCGGACCUGCUCCAGAGGGGUUUCAUCGCUCGAUUGGAACAUAAGUCAGACAUAAGUCCAGGAUCAUACCGCCACCUUGUAGAGCUACAACAUAUAUAGGCAGAAGCGGAGGAAGGUUACUUUAUAUAAAUAUGAGAGGACAAACCAAGGCACCAGAACCUACUGCAUAUGAGAGAGUUGUUUUGAAAAAUAAAUCUGAGUUCCACUACAUGAAAAUCCAACUUGUAUUUGAAGAGGAAGGUGUCAAACUGAAUCCAGCUCAGUUCAAACAUCUCAUUGUAUCUGCUUUGAAGGAGUUGCAUGGAGAGGUUGGUGCAGCUGUCCCUUUUGACCUGUUGAAAUAUGAUGAAAACAAACUGUGCGGCAUACUAAGAGUUUUAAGCAGCGGCCUUGUGAAACUGUGGUCUUCUUUAACACUUCUCCACCAUUACCAAAACCGCAAGUGUGCCUUUCGAAUUAUACAGACAUCUCCUUUUCUGUUGGCGUUGGCUGGAAACAGCAGAGAACUGAUUCUGGACUAAAUAUUCAUCUUCUGGACAAUGCUGAAAUUCAGUAUGCUUUCAAAAUGUCUGUUUCAACAAGCGGUUUCCCGGAGACGAGAAUUCUGGGUAAUCACAAAGCCAUGGCCCUUUCCAAACCUAUUGUCUGAGAAACAUUUACACA